UCAUCCAACAUGGGAGGAAACUCAGCGCCUCUGUCCGUCCGCCGGGGAAACCCCGCAGCCAGAGCCUGAGCGGGGUUUCAUUCAUUAUCUGUAUUAUUGUUCAUUUUUAUUCUUUUGAAUCACACCUUUCGUUCCUCGUCCCGUCGCGUCCUCGAUGGACCACAGACCAGAGUGACACCGUCGGUAGUUUCCGUUCACGCGCAGCCGAAGAUGGAGACGGUGAUGGAGAGGGAGUGCAGCGCGCUGGGGGGUUUGUUCCAGACCGUCAUCGGAGACAUGAAGGGCAGUUCCCCCGUCUGGGACGACUUCAUCAGCAAGGCCAGCAAACUGCAGUCACAGCUCAGGACGACGGUCGUGGCGGUGGCCGCCUUCCUGGACGCCUUUCAGAAAGUGGCCGACCUGGCGACCAGCAGCCGAGGGGGGACGAGGGACAUCGGUUCAGCUCUCACCAGGAUGUGCAUGAGGCACCGAAGCAUCGAGGCCAAACUCCGCCAGUUCUCCAUGGUGUUCCUGGACUGUCUGAUCAACCCUCUACAGGAGCAGAUGGAGGAGUGGAAGAGAGUCGCCAACACUCUGGACAAAGACCACGCCAAAGACUAUAAAAAGGCGCGACAGGAGAUCAAGAAGAGAUCGUCCGACACGCUGAAGCUGCAGAAGAAAGCAAAGAAAGCGGAUGUGUUUGGCCGCGGCGACCUCCAGCCGCAGCUGGACACCGCCAUGCAGGACGUCAGCGACAAGUACCUGCUGCUGGAGGAGACGGAGAAGGCGGCGGUGAGGAAGGCGCUGGUGGAGGAGCGGAGUCGCUUCUGCUGCUUCGUCUCCAUGUUGAGACCCGUCGUGGAGGAGGAGAUGUCCAUGCUGGGGGAGGUCACUCAUCUGCGGACGCUGACGGACGACUUGAAGAUUUUGACCAUGGACCCGCACAAGCUGCCGGCGUCCAGCGAGCAGGUGAUCGUGGACCUGAAGGGCUCCGAGUGCACCUGGUCCUACCAGACUCCGCCCUCAUCGCCGAGCACCACCGUAUCCAGGAAGUCCAGCAUGUGCAGCAGCCUGAACAGCGUGAACAGCAGCGACUCUCGCUCCAGCGGCUCACACUGCCACUCGCCCACCUCCGCCUCACACUUCCGGUACCGCGCCUCCUCCUCGUCCUCGUCCUCGGUGGCGCUGCCGCAGCAGACGCCCGCCCGCCUCUCGUCCGUCUCCUCCCACGACUCGGGCUUCGUCUCCCAGGAUGCAUUCCAGUCCAAGUCGCCUUCGCCCAUGCCCCCGGAAACGCCGCAGUUGUGGAAUGUUUGUGAGCAUCACACUGCCCCCUCUCAGCACGGAGCGGUACUGCAGCUCCAGGACACCCACCUCCACCCUUCAUACUCCACCUCCUUCUCCCCCAUCUCCUCGCCCUCCUCCUCGUCCGUUUCUCCCACGUGGCCGUGGCCUCGUUCAGACUACGGUCAGACUACUGGAACGGUCCCGUCGUGGAAGGACUGGUCCAAACCGGGUCCGUACGACCUGCCGGUGGUCAACACCCUGAAGAGGAGCAGGGACCGGAGAGAGACUACAGAUCCCAGCAGCCACCACGGCGCUGAUGUCACCACACCGGGGGAGGAGCCACAGGGGCUUCGAGGAAGCAGCCACUCCCUGAUGUCCCCCAAGGAGGAGCGGGAGGCCCACGAGGAGCUGGCCCGAGUCCUGGCCCGAGGCCUCCGGCUGGACAUCCAUGGCUCCAGCAGAGACUCGCUGCAGGGCUCGAGCGGCUACAGCAGCCAGACCAACACGCCCUGCUGCUCCGAGGACACCAUCCCCUCACAAGUGUCAGACUGUGACUACUACACGGUUGGAGCAGAUCAGGAGAACGAGCAGCAGCAGUCGGACUUCGAUAAAUCCUCCACCAUCCCCAGAAACAGUGACAUCAGUCAGUCCUACCGCCGCAUGUUCCAGUCCAAACGCCCCGCGUCCACCGCCGGCCUGCCCUCCAACCCCUCGGCCGUGAUCACCCCGGGAGUGGCCACCAUUCGACGGACGCCGUCCUCCAAACCCAACCUGCGGCGACCGUCCGGAGGCCUCAACCUGGGCCCCAUCCCCAUCAAGCCCCCCAUGAUCCCCGUCAAGACCCCAACAGUGCCCGAGCAUCCUGGUUUCCCCUGCAGGGCGGCGUCCGAGGACGGAAACGCGCCGCGGACGCCGCUCAGUCCCCCGACCACACCUUUGUCACCGGGCAACAGUGGGCCGUUUUCGCCAACGACCAGCUUCUACGACACCCGGCUCCUGUGCAAGCGGUCCGAUCCUCCGACCCCACCACCACCGCAGCCCGGCGGGCGGGUGUCGGAGUGGGAGCGCCAGCCUCUUCCUGAGCUCCUGGAGGAGUCGGAAUACGGCGAGGUGGAGGACUUUCUGGUGGCAAUCCGACGAGGUGUGAAACUCAAGAAGACGACCACCGAUGACCGAUCGGCGCCAUGUAUUUACUGAGAGACAGGUCGGUUUGACUCGGGGCCAUUUUGCGUUCCUGACUGGAUUUUAGUAAAUCUACUAUUGAAGGGGCACAAAAUGGUUCCUGCGGAGUAAAUGCAAAAAGGAACCAUGACGUCAUAUGGUUGUCAAGAACAAGAACAAGAGGAAGUUGCCCAGGGACUCUGAUCAGGGAUCGGUUUGAAAAUAUCCCUGAACCCAAUGUUUAGAAUAUUUUAUUUUCGGUGUUUUGAGGACGUUUCAACAAUAUCAUGUUUAUAUUUAAAGGUAAAAACUGCACCUUUUUCUAUCUGGCGAUAAAGUAAUGAUUCAUUGAAUGAUGGUCAGACAGUGCACACGUUCAGGCCAAGAAUUUCUCCAGUUUCUCCGUGAGUUCACUUCUGGGAAUACUGAUGCUGAUCCCAGAUCAUUUCCUCAGGGCAACUUCAGUACGUAAGAGAAAAGGGGGGAAGGUCGACCUUGUCCGUCACAAGUGACGUGUACGAGGUCGUUCUUGUAGCUGAACCGACUGAAGCGAAACUAAAUUUUAAUGUGGGUAAUAAUGAUGGUAGAUGAAGUAGAAAAAAAAUCUCUAAAAGGAGAUAAAACAUGAACCAGAAGGAGGACGGAAUAUUUUCAAAAAGAUCAAAACAUUAUUUGUAAAUACAUAUUUAUAAUUUGAUGUGUUUGUAUGUUUUGCUCCCUUUACCCCCAUAGUCUCCACAAAAAGGUGCCAAAAGCCCGUGUGCUGAAUUUAACUUGAAAUAUUCUUUAUUUAAAAUCAAAAUAAUGCUGGAUUUUUUUCUUCUAUAAAACCAUAGAUGGGGUGUUUGACGGAGAAUAAAGACGAGCUAAUGAA